AUGAACAACCAAAACCCAUCGGUUCUCGGCCAGUUAGACUUACAGGCGUUGCUCGCUUCAAUGCCACAAGAAUUCAGAAACUCUGCUAACGUUGAAACUUCAACUUCCAAACAAGACAUCAUGCCAAUGCAACAAUCGCAUAUUUUCAAUAAUGAGCAGCUCAACCAUUUUAUAUUACAACUCCAUAAUCAAGCAGCUGCAUCUGCUGUUGCUGCUGCUGCUAUAGCAUCAACAAUAGCUUCCUCUACACACGUUGGAUCCAAUACAGGAGUAUUCACCAACCCUUCUACUACUACUCCUACUGCUACUCUAGCAGCUACUAGCGGAUCAGGACUUAUGUAUUCGGCUCUUCCACCACAUAGCUCCUUUGGGUUCCUUUCGAACAUGAACCAACUGCGAUCCUCCGUUUCCGCUUUGCCUUCUCCGGUCUCUAGUAACAAUCAGAUUACUCCUGAUGUGCGUCCACGAGCAUUCAGUAGUGCUGCUACUUUGCAGAACACCAGGGAAAGCCCAAUUGAAAGACGACGCAAAAGAAGUCACCGAAUGGAGGCACCUGCUAAGCCUAUUGCGAUUCGUCCAAUGAGAGGAGAAGGAUCUUCAGUUCUUCGCCAUCUGGUUGAGACCGAGGAUGAGCCCAAUCAAAUAAGACUUCCUCCUAUUCCAACUAGUCAAGAUGAGUUCAAACUGCGAAUGGAUAUGGCGAAAGUUUCAGUUCUCAAUAACAACGAUCAUAAUGCCAAGAAAAGUCAAGAGAUAGGAAAGGGAAUUCGUAGAAUUAUUGAUGACCAAGACCUUCCUGAAUCUGUUGGACCAGACAGCCCAUUCCGUCAUCACCCCAAGUACCAGAAGAAAGCUCGUGAAGGAACGGAUAUGGCUGAUGCUAUUGCUGCCUUCUGCGUUGGCAUGUGGAAAUCCGAAAAUGAAGGAAAAGAUCUUGACAAAGCAAGCAAUGAUUCCGAAAACGCUAUCGUUCGAGAGUUAAAGCUAGAAGCAUAA